GCGGCGAUGGCGGCGGCGGCGGAGGAGGCGCGGCUGCUGGCCUGGCUGCGCGGCCCGGCGGCUCCCGGCGGCCCCGAGCUCGCCGCUUAUGUGUCGGAGCUGGCGGCGCUGGGGCUGGCGGAGCUGGGCCGGGAGCCGGCGCGGUUGGCGGCGGAGCGGGCGCGGGUCGGGGCCGAGACGCGCCGCCUCGCCUUCGAGCACUACCGAGCCUUCAUCCGCUCCGCCGAGUGCACCGGCCGCGCCGGCCGCGGCUUCGGCGGCAUCGAGAGCCGCCUCGGCAGCCUGCUGGAGCGGCUGCCCGCGCUGCAGGACGCCUGCCGGACCUUCAUGCGCGAUGCCGAAGCCAUUGCCUGCAGCCGGCGCAUGAACAGCCUGACCCUGAACCGGCACACGGAGAUCCUGGAGAUCCUGGAGAUCCCGCAGCUCAUGGACACCUGCGUCCGGAACGGCUACUACGAGGAGGCGCUGGAGCUCACGGCCUACGUGCGCAGGCUGGAGAGGAAGCACAGCAGCAUCCCCGUUAUCCAGGGCAUCGUGGAGGAGGUGCGCCAGUCAGCCCAGCUGAUGCUGAACCAGCUGAUCCAGCAGCUGCGCACCAACAUCCCGCUGCCCGCCUGCCUGCGCGUCAUCGGCUUCUUGCGCCGCAUGGACGUGCUCACCGAGGCCGAGCUGCGCGUCAAGUUCCUGCAGGCGCGGGAUGCCUGGCUGCGCUCCACGCAGGCCUCCAUCCCCGAGCACGACCCCUACGUGCACAUCACCAAGACCAUCGAGGCCUGCCGCGUGCACCUGUUCGACAUCGUCACCCAGUACCGCGCCAUCUUCUCGGACGAGGAGCCGCUGGUGCCGGCCGAGGCGGCGGCGCCGGGCGAGGGGGCCAUCUUCCACAGCUGGGUGCUGCAGAAGGUCUCCGAGUUCCUGCGGACGCUGCGGCGCGACCUGGAGCGCGGCGUGGGCGGCCGGCUGGACUCGCUGCUGGGGCAGUGCAUGUACUUCGGGCUGUCCUUCAGCAGGGUGGGCGUGGAUUUCCGCGGGCAGCUGGCCCCCCUCUUCCAGCGCGUGGCCGCCGACACCUUCAGCAAGGCGGUGGAGGAGGCGGUGGAGAAAUUCCGGGAGGAGAUGAAUUCCUACACGCUGAUCUCGGCUCCAGCCGUGCUGGGGGGCGGUGCAGGAGUGCCAGUGCCCACAGCCCAGCCUGGGACGCUGCAGCCCCCCAUGGUGCUCCUGGACUUCCCACCCCUUGCCUGCUUCCUCAACGGGCUCCUCGUUGCCUUCAAUGAUCUGCGGCUCUGCUGCCCCAUCGCCCUGGCACAGGACGUCACCGCCUGCCUGGACAGUGCCCUUGGUGAGGUGACCAAAACCAUCCUGGCCUUCCACCGUGCUGAGGAGGCAGCUUUCAGUGGGCGGGAGCAGGAGCUCUUUACCCAGUUUUGCACAGCCUUCCUGGAGGACCUGCUGCCCUACCUGAACCGCUGCCUCCAGGUGCUUUUCCCUCCAGCACAGAUUGCACAGGCACUGGGUGUCCCCCCCACGCAGCUGCAGCGUUUCGGCCGCCUGGGCCGCAUCGACGUGGCGGCUCUCAGGGAGCCACUGGCUUUCCUCCUUCCGCCAGCACCGGGCGAGGAGGAGCCGUCCCCGGAGACCGCCCCGGACCCGGAGGGAGAACACGCGGCGGUUCCCACCGAGCCCGCGGAGAGCCCCUCCGGGGAGGCUGCGCUCUGGGAGGCGUCGGGCUGGGCCGCCCGGAUCAUCCAGCACGAGAUGGACCACCUGGAUGGGAUCCUCUACAUUGACCGCAUGGACCCCCGCACCUUCACCAACGUGGGCUGGAGGGAGCUGCUGGACUGAGCCUGGGCAAAGAACCAGCGCAGCUCUGGGGGCUCCCACUCAGCUUUAUUGCAGCCAAUACAGACCUGUGGCCUCA